UCCAAAGUGAACUGCUGCAGGAGGUUGGCGAAUUUUUUACAGGCUGCCCGAUAUUGACAUCGUUAAAACCACUUGAUCCACAGGUACAUUUCACACCCCAUAACUAAAUGUCAAGACCACACCCACGCCCACUCUAACACAUACCUCUUGACGUAUGCAAAUUCCUGUUGAGAAUGACAAAGCUACACCUGCUGAAACAUAGACAUCCACACAUGUUGAGAAAAACACAGGCACACACACAUACGCACUCGUUGAGAAAGACAUACAGACACCUGCUCAGAGACACAGGAGCACACACAGAAACACCUGUUGAGAGAGACAGCAAUAUAGCUAGGCACGUGUUGCCAGAGACAAAGACACUCACACUUUCACAGAGAUCAAGCCAAAGAAAUCAUGGCCACGUCGUCUCCGUACCCACAAAUGCCACUCCAGUUCAUCAUGACGGACGAUUACGGGAGAUUCUACAUCAACAAGGACACGGCAAAGGUUCUGGGGAGAAUCACGAAGCCCCUGGUGGUGGUGGCGAUAGCCGGGAAAUACCGAACCGGCAAAUCCUUUCUCAUGAACCGACUCGCGGCUGAAGAAGUGAAUCCUGCCCUGAAUCGGUACAAAAUGCACGGGUUUGUGACGAAGAGGUCAGAAGGAGGAUCAAGCCGACAUCAUAUUGAAGAACCAGAUAAAGAGGAAUUCGCCAAUGUGAGGAGCAUGGUCAAAAACUGGAAUUUGACAGGAUAUGGGCGAUUUGAGCAGAAUAAACCAAAGGCCGGGCCUGCGCUUCACACACUCCUACAAACUAGAGAAAUUGGUGUUUCUAGUACAAUAUCAGGCUUUUCACUGGGUAACACAGUGCAGUCGCACACCAAGGGCAUCUGGGUCUGGCCAGUCUGUCACCCCCGUGACGAGAAGAAAUGUCUGUUGCUGCUGGACACAGAGGGGCUGGGCGAUGUGGAGAAGGCCAAUGGGGAGUAUGACAUCUGGUUGUUCGUCAUGGCCGUGCUGCUCUCCAACAUCCUGGUCUACAACACCGUGGGGACUUUGGACCACUCCGGCCUGGAGCAGCUGCAGUAUGUAAAGGAUAUGGCGCAGUACGUCAAAGCAAGGGUAGGAUCUCAUGAAGACAACUCAAAUAAUCUGGACAAGUACUUCCCAUCCCUCAUCAUCUGCGUACGCGACUUUAGUCUGAAGUUGGAAUUGAAUGGAUCGCCUUGCACUGCCGACAACUACAUGGAGCAUUGCUUUAAAAUACGCAAGUCAGAGACACAACGUGGUAGAGAAGAAGCAAACAAGUCAUUCAACAAGGAACGCGAACUAAUGUGCCACUAUUUUAAGAAGCGCAAGUGCUUCAUGUUCCCCAUGCCAGUCAACCCAGAAGACUUAAGCAAGCUGGAGACCAUUCCAGAUAGAGAUCUCAAACCUGGCUUCCUAGAGGUUGCGAAUGAAUUCACCUCCCACAUCUACCAGGAGGUCAAAUACAAGAACAUUGAUGGAGUCAUCCUCACAGGACAGCUGUUCCUGCAGGUUGCAGAGUUGUACGUUGCAGCUCAGCGUUCUGGUGACAUGGUCUGCAUCGAGAACACACGGGUACAGGUGGUGCAGCUAGCCAACCUGCAGGCAGUGGAGGAUGCCAAGGCACUCUACCAGCGGCAGAUGGAAAGCAAAGAAGUCUACCUUCCCCUGAAACUAUGGCAGCUCCACCAGCACCACGAGAGGUGCAUGGAGCAAGCUCUGGAUCUGUUCUAUAGUCACGCUGUGCUCGAUCGGGAUCAUAAGCACGAGAAGGAGUUGAUGGAGCACAUGGAGACGACAUAUCUGAAGCUGGUGAAACAGAACAAGCAGCGAUCACAGGAAAAGUGCAGAAUACGACUCACAGAACUGUAUGGGCUCGUGGAUGAGAGGUACCAGGACUUCAUGCAGCCCGGAGGCUUCAUGAAAUAUGAGGCUAUGAUGAAGAAGAUUGAAGUGGAUUACCAUGACACCACAGGGCUUGGAGACGAGAUGGCAACGAUGUACAAGGAAUUUCUGGAGCAGAAGAAGGAUAGUGGUAAGGCUAUCCAAAUGGUGGACAACACGUUGACCAGGGUUCAACAGCAGGAAAUUGAGAACAAGCAGAAGGAAAAGAUAAUGGCACUGCAGAUGAAAACCAUGAAAGAGGAACAAGACAACCAGAAGAUGGAGAUUUUAUUCCUUAAGAAUCAGUGCAAGAAAUUGCAGAAUACGUUCGGCAAGUAUGCGCAAGUGAUCAAGACGAACACGGAUGAGAACAUCCAAGAAAUACAGCAGAACCACGAUGAGAUGAUGCAGAGUGAAUCAAAGAAAAAAUGCACCAUCAGCUAAGCAUGGUUGAUGGAUAGUUGUACUCAAGAUGCGAGUAUUGCUGCAGAUCAAUUGUGAAAUAUAUAUCAACACUAUCAUCCUUCAUUAUCCAAUAAUCAUUAUCAGUCAUGAUCAAUCCUUGCUGGUUAAUAUUUAUCCCAUAAUAAAGGUUUUUGGGUUAGAUCGCGUUAUUUAUAAAUGUGUCGUAACCCUCCACCA